CAAUAUAUUUCUCAAAUUGCAUUUUCCUUUCUCUAUUUGAAGAUGGGACACUUCAAGCGUUUGUUUGCAACUUUCUUCCUUGUAGCAAUGCUGCUUUUGUCCAGUGAGAUGGGAACAAUGAGCAGUGCAGAGGCAAGAACUUGUGAGUCACAGAGCAACCGUUUCAAGGGGACAUGUGUUAGGGACAGCAAUUGCGCCACCGUUUGCCAGACUGAAGGCUUCAUCGGCGGCAACUGUCGUGGCUUUCGUCGCCGUUGCUUUUGCACCAGAAACUGUUAGAACAAAGUUUCUAAAUGAAAUACUCAUCAUCCAUGAUAAAUAAUGAUAUGAUGUUCUAUUCUAUCAAUAAAAAGAGACUAAAUAUAGUCUCAUAUUUAUUAUAUAUAUGUGGUGCUUUGAUUACGA